AUGGCCUCAGGAUCUCCAGACGUCACAGGCUCUACUGAACCGUCAGAAGCAGCGGAAGAGUGUUCAGUUCAGUGUGGGAAGGAGGAAGCCCAGACCGUCAGAGUCGGCCUGCGUGACGGGCCCCAGCUGGAGACUGUAGGCUUUGCCAGUAGAGCUACAUCAUGUGACUCUCCUCAAGACGAGAGCGAGAGAGGGAAAAAGAAGUCCAAAUUCCAGACGUUCAAGAAUUUUUUUGUGAAGAAGAAGAGGAAGGAAAGUCCUGCACCAUCGAGCGAAAGUGGUUUAAAGGCCAGUCAAUCGAGUGAUGACGUCAACACCUCAGAGCCAACCAUCAGCAACGCCAACAGCGGCAAUGACCACGGAUCCAAGAUCAACAUGGGCAACAAAGCCAUGUCACAUGACAGUGUCUUCGUGUCUGAUUUGCCCUCGUCAGAGACUAAUGAAGAUCUGCGGGCAUCUCAAGACAGCAUUCAUGGGAAAGUGAAAUCUCUACAGCUGCAGCUGAAGCAGGCGAUUCGUCUGGGCUCUCCUCCAUCGCUCCUGUGUGGGAGGAAAGGAGAGGACACGGGGGCUCUCUCUGAAGAUGACGGUCUUCCCUGCAGCCCUCCGGAGUAUUCCAGCCUCCACACGGUGCUGGCCACGCCUCCUCACGCGUCGGUGGAUUUGACCCAGAGUUCCUUGAGCAUGGAGGCUUCAGACAGCGAAGACGAUCAGGUGACACAAGCACACUUAAAUCACAUCAUACGUGAAAGAUCUGUGGAAGGCUUGUGUGUAACCAGCAAAGCACCCCCACACCAUCACACCUCCUCCUCCAUGCUUCACGGUGGGAACCAGGCAUGUAGAGUCCAUCCGUUCACCUUUUCUGCGUCGCACAAAGACACGGAGAUGUCUUGUGAAGCGUCUUCGAGACCCGGCACCCCUCAGGGCUCGGUCCCCGCAGACUUCAGUCUUCCCGCCAGCUCCGUCUCCUGCUUAGACAGCUCUGCUGCCCGUCACCGCAUCGCUGUCAAAACCAACGCUUGUGCGAAGAGAAAGCCUGCCAGCAGACCAAUGUUGGACAAGAGAAGAGACCUGAGGGAAAGAGUGCUGCUCAGAGACACAGAGGACAAACUACGCAUGAUGAUCACAAGUAUUGGAGAAGAACAUGAAGAUUUGCCCGAAGAACAGGUGAAUAAUUCAGACCGUGAGUCAUUUGCUUCUGAACAGGAGGAAGAGGAAGUGAGCGACUCCAGCCAGUGUCAAAAAACGUCUGCAACAUCCUCCAUCUCGGCUGGAGACGUCUCUGAAGAAGAGGAACAUGUUCCUGGCGAGGAUCACGUCCCCAAGCCUGAGGUCCCAGAAUCCUCUUGGGAGAGUCCAGUAACACUUGAGCUGCAGGCCGAUGAUUUCCUGUUGGACACAGGAUGUGAGGUCGUUCACGAGGAGCAGGGGUCAUUGCUGGAGGAAGUCUUGAGCUCCCUGAAGAGCCCUCUUGCGUCAGGACUAGCACUGGAGCAUGAGAACAUGCUUCUUCAGAGUGAGGUGCAAGACAUAAGUAGUGAGAGCGUAGUUGAUCAGCUAGAGGAAGUCAAUAUAGAUCUUCUCGAGCCCUCUGAGCCAAUGCUGAGCACAAAGGAACAGGCUCCUCUGCCCGACUCGCUUUCUGAAUCAUCUGUGGAUUCAGAGGAGACCACAGAGGAAGAGGAGCUGCUGGAGACGCCGGAGUCUGCUGAGGAAGAGUCUGUGGAAGCAAGUCACCAAGUGCCUGAACAUGAUGUUGAGAAACAAGCAGACCAGGAUGAGAGUGCCAAAGAGAGCGCAGUGUUAUCAGAAUCACCAGUAAAUUUGAACGAGCCAGAUGAAGAUGAGGUCGAUGAAGAUGUUGUUGAAUUGGAGAGAGAAACCAAAGAGGAUGAAUUGACGGUGGUGGAACCUGAGAUAGAGAAGAACUGUACAAAUGAUGUUCAACAUCAAGAGGCUGGAGAUCGGACAGCUCCUCUAGAGCCUGAGAAAGAGGAGACUUCAGCUGAUGAAAGAGACUCGGUCGACACUGAGAACGUUCCUGAAUCUGAUCCAACAGUCAGAGAUGACGUCUGGAGCUCAGCAGAAACCAGCGAAGAGCCCGAAGCCUCAGCAGAGACGCUUCUUUCUACUGUGAAUCCAGUUCUCCAUCCUCAGUUCUGCAGUGCAUCAAUGUCUCCUGUAGAGCAGGAAGAGGAACCCGAGUCCAACAAGUCUGGUGAGCCUCAGGAAACAUCUACAGAAAAACCUGAGCAGCCGGUUCUUGAGUCGCCUACAAAAGAUCCGACGAAAAUGGCUGAGCUUCGACCUCGAUUCACCAUCGCCCCGGCGUGGCAAAGGUCGUUGGUUUCUGGAGGAGCCCAAGAGCAGGCCCAGACCGUCUCACUGGUGCUACCAGAGACUACCGCUUCCGAUGAACCUCCCCAAACGACUGAACUCAUCACUCCCGUGAAAGAAGAGCGCCCCAAACCAGCCCGAGCUCAGAGCUCCCCAACACUUCAUGUGCAGAAAGAGCUUCACGAAGAGGCGGCCCCGGAGAACCCGUUUGGAGUGCGCUUGAGAAAGACUCCGGUCCUGCACCGCUACGGUUUAGACGGAGAGCCGCUUCGGACAGAGUCUUCAGGGGCGCAGGAGACCCCGGACCAAGAGCAGAGCGGCAAGAAGCCCGUCCUGCCGAAGAAGCCUGAUCUGCUCACGGACACGGUGAUGUCCGCCAGGAAAAUCCCAGAUACGGUGGGAAGGUUAUCCGCCGGUGGCUCCGAGUCUCCGAGCUGGAUCUCUGUGGCCAGACAGAAACAGAGGAACUUCAUGGAGAACUCGCCGGAGAACUCUCCAGAGAAGCUGCCCUCGCAGGGGGACGUCAAAAGACAGGAUUCAUCAGGCAGUUCAUCAAAUCCAAUCGCCAAAGAGCAACUGGCACAGCCAUGUUCACCUUUACAAGUGUUCUGCUCCCUUGAACUGUCCAACACAUCCAUGGUAGAGAAGGAAAGCAAGAGAAGCACUAACCCGUCCACUGCACCUUUGGCCCAAGAUGAGCCUCCCUGGCUGGCUCUCGCCAAGAAGAAAGCCAAAGCAUGGAGUGAAAUGCCCCAGAUUGUUCAGUGA